AUGAUGCAGCGUACCCACUACGAUGCUCAGGGCCCGAUGCCGCAGUACAACCGUCCGUCCUACAACGAUACUGGCUACAACAUGAGCCGGCCAAUGGACGGCAUGCCGCAUCAAGGCUACAAUCAUCCCCCGGUGAACUACUACCCGCCGCCGCAGGGCUAUCCGAUGGGCAACCCCAUGUACAAUGUUCCGCAGGGGUACCCGCCGGCGAUGCCCGGGUAUCGUGGUGGUCGGGACCGUGGUUACUGGUACUAUCCGAGCGCGGGUCGUGGCGGCUACAAUAACAUGCGCGGCGGCUUCCGUGGCGGGCGUGGCGGCUUCCCGCUCCGUCGAAAGAAGCCGUUCGUCGGCGGCACGCUCGAGACCCAGCGCGAGUGGGAGCGCCAGACCGCCUGCUGCUUCAACCUUCAGGGCUCGUGCAAGUUCGGUGAUGGAUGCCGGUUCCUGCACGCUGCUGUGGAGGGUCGCCCCUGCCAGUUUGGCGUGAAGUGCCGCGUGCACGGUACCGCCAAGGACGCCGAGGUCGAGGCACCGGCAAAAGAGGAGCCACCGAAGGACGAGAAGGCGGCCGAAGCGAAGCCGGAGAAGGCUGAGGAGUCAACGGCCGCGAAGAAGUCGGAGAAGCCCGCUGAGAAGGCACCCGAGAAGCGGGCUGCGGCGGAGUCUACCAACGCCACGGAGGGGAAAGAGUAA